CACAGACACACAGUAUUCAAGAAUUUGUACUGCGCUUUAUUGUUGUGUGUGAUAUUAUUAUUUAUUGUAUUAUUCCCUUUGGCUUUCCAUCACUGACCUUUCCCUUUCCCCUUUCCCCUUUCCCACUCACUCCUCCACUUACCAACAACGAAUGUCUUGCUCUCUCUCUCUCUCUCUCUCUCUCUCUCUUCUUUCCCAGGUAAGUAAAACACUCCAUAGCUACUGUCUUCCAUGAAACUGAAGAAAUGAUAGAGAGAGGCAAGAGGGAAAUCGAAAUCGAAUUCGAAAUCAAAAUAAAAAUCCCAACUUUUUCCAUCUUGCUAUUGAUACCCUUGUUGUUGUUGUUGUUAUUAUUACCUCGUGGGUUUUGCGUUUCUCUAAACCCACAAAGUGUGGGCAUCGACCCACGAGAUAAAGCUGCAAUCUUGGAGCUCAAAUCCCACUUUGAAGGCGGCGGCGAUAAUGGCUUCUCCAUCUCCAACCGCUCCGGCCGGCUCACGGCGCUCAACCUCUCCGCCCUCAACUUGACCGGAGAAAUCCACUCCUCUCUCUGCAACCUCUCUCUCCUCGAAACCCUCAUCCUCUCCCACAAUUCCCUGCGUGGGCCCAUCCCCUCCUGCUUCAGUCUCUUGAGGAACCUCAAGGUUUUGGAUCUUAGCUACAAUGCCUUCCAUGGCUCCGCCCCUCAAGCCGUCGCCACGCUCAACCAGCUGGCGGUUCUUGAUCUCAGCCAUAAUGUGUAUUCCGGUGAGAUUCCGGCGUGGAUUGGGAAUUUCUCUUCCAAACUCGAGAGGCUCAAUUUGGGGUUUAACAAUUUCAGUGGGGAGAUGCCUGCUUCCUUGUAUUCUGCAAUGUCAUUGCUCUAUCUGGAUUUGUCCCACAACAAUCUCACCGGAGUUGUUGGUGAUUUCCGGCAGGCUCUGGUGCAGCUCAGCCUCGACUCGAAUUCGUUUUCGGGCACUCUGCCCUGCUUCUUGCCGGCUGCUGAGUCCCUCUCAGUGCUCAACUUAGCAAGAAACUCCAUUUUAGGAGGGAUUCCAGCUUGCAUUUCUGCUUGUCAUGAGCUGACACAGCUCAAUCUCUCAUUCAACCUACUAGAAUAUGGGAUUUCUCCAAGAUUGGUUUUUUCUGAGAAGUUGGUUGUUUUGGACUUGAGCUUCAACAAGCUGUCUGGACAUCUUCCAUCCACUAUUGUCGGGUCGCCUGGCAAGUCCGGCCUCUUGCUCUUUGAUGUGUCGAAUAAUCUGUUGACGGGCGAGAUUCCAUCAUCGAUCACGGAGCUGAAGAACUUGAAGGCCUUGUUUCUCUCCCAGAAUCUUCUCAGUGGAGAGAUUCCGGAGAGAAUUGGGAAUCUGACAUAUCUUCAAGUGAUUGAUCUGUCGCAUAAUGCUCUGUCUGGAAACAUUCCUUUGAACAUUGUUGGUUGCUUUCAGUUGCUGGCAUUGAAGCUGAACAACAACAAUAUUUCUGGUGAGAUUCCUCCUGAGCUUGAUGCAUUGGAUAGCCUGAGGAUAUUGGCUCUGAGCAGCAACAGAAUCUCCGGGGAGAUCCCCCUCACGUUGGCAGGGUGCAAGUCGUUGGAAGUUGUCGAUUUGAGCUCGAACGAGCUCUCUGGCUCUCUCAAUGAUGCUGUGUCCAAAUGGUCCAAGCUCAGGUUUCUCUCCCUGUCACAUAACAUGCUCAAUGGAACCCUACCGAGUUGGCUGUUCACAUUCGAAGCAAUCAAGACGAUCAAUCUCUCCGGGAACAAGUUCUCCGGCUACAUACCAGAUGGUAGUUUCAACACCAGUUCAAAUUUCAAUCACAGGGAUGCUGUUGGUGGAUCAGAGUUUAGUCAGCAAUCAGAUGUUGGAAUGCAAAUGCAGGUCUCUAUAGUGAGAAAUGAGCUCAUCUUCGACUAUGAGCUCACUACCCGAAGUGGGAUCGACAUCUCAGAUAAUGCACUCAGGGGGGCUAUCCCAGCAGGGCUCUUUGGAUUGCAAGGUUUGGAGUAUCUAAACCUGUCGUAUAACUUCCUCGACGGCCAAAUUCCGGCGGGUAUGGGGAAGAUGUGGAGUUUGGAGGUGCUAGACUUGUCUCACAACUCCUUCUCAGGCUCCAUUCAAGAAAACAUAUCAAGUCUUGGAAACCUAAUGCUGUUGAAUAUGUCCUAUAACUGCCUCUCCGGGAUCAUCCCGACGAGGCAGGGCUACUGGAGGUUUCCCGGGGCGUUUGCCGGCAACCCCGGCCUCUGCCUCGACUCGGCCUGCCACGGCCCCGCCGUGCCAUUCAGAGAUGGGAACGAGCAGGGGCUGAUCUCAGUGAGGAUUUUGUGUGUAACUAGUUUUGUUAGUUUCUAUGCAGGUGUUAUUGGUCUUUGUUGCUAUGGUCAAACCAGAAACUACAUGUUGCAGACCAAGAACUACUGAUUUUUAUGGUAGACAAGAUUAGUGUUA